AUGCCUCGCGAACCCAAAGACUGGGACAAUCAGUCCCGUGAAAAGAAACCCUCCCCUCUCGGAACCUCCAUCUUUGUCGGUCUCCGCGCAGCAGACACUGUCCUCCAAUAUAGCAUCCUGCAGCGUGGAUGGGGUUCCCAACUCAUCCAAUCCCUCGGCGGCAGCGUUGUUCCCUUCGCCACGCCCCGCGACCCUGCUCUCGCCUACUUUGGCUUGGGUCCGUAUCCAGCAAUACUCUCCGCAUUGGCACUGGGGGCUAGCACGAAGCACGUAGCAUGGGUUCUGGGUGUCUCAGAGCAGGAAAUGCUGCCUGCAGGAGCAUUGAUGAUUGGAGUUUUCAAUUCGGUAUUCAAUACGCUGAACACGAUGUUCUCGCUCUGGACUAUCACAAGUGCAGCGCCGCAAAUGGCAACACAGUCGGCUUCGAUCACGGACGUGAUUACGUCGAGUCCUACAUUGAUGCUUGGACUAGGGCUGUACACCGUUGGCAUCGUCACCGAGUUCGCGUCUGAGCUGGACAGGAAGAGAUUCAAGGACAAGCCUGAGAACAAGGGAAAGCCGUAUAGUGGUGGACUGUGGUCCUGGGCUACAAACAUCAAUUAUGGUGGAUAUACGCUUUGGAGGGCUGGGUAUGCGGUGUCCGCGGGCGGGCUGCCCUGGGGUGCUUUCGUUGGGGCCCUCUUCGCUUAUGACUUCGCCUCCAGGGCUAUACCAUCGAUGGAUAAGUACUGCACCGAAAAGUAUGGUGAUCAGUGGACGGAUAUCAAGAAGCGUGUGCCUUACAGGCUCCUGCCCUUCAUUUAUUAG